UACAGCUUUAUACUAGCAAGCAGAGGAUUCAGGAAGCACGGGCAGGAUCAAGGCCAACUACUUACUGAAGACGUCUUAUUAAGAGCAUCUCUACCGUCGAUCAUCCGGCGAGAAUGGUUGCGGCAAAGUCGGCCGAGCUGAGGGCGCUCUUCUUGUCACUGGACCGGGACGCAGACGGCAGGAUCUCUCCGGCGGAGCUGCAGGGGUGCAUGCGCGCGACGCUGGGCGAGGACGUGCCGGCGGAGGAGGCCGAGGCGCUGGUGGCGUCGGUGGACGCGGACGGUGACGGGCUGCUAAGCGAGUCCGAGUUCCUCGAGCUGGCGCAGCAGGCGGACGCGGGGGAGGAGGACGGCGAGCGGAGGAUAUGGGCGCUGAGGGAGGCGUUCGGGAUGUACGAGAUGGAAGGGCUGGGGUGCAUCACGCCGGCUAGCCUGGCGCGGAUGCUCGGCAGGCUCGGCGCCGAGCGCGGCGCCGGCGAGUGCCGCGCCAUGAUCUGCCGGUUCGACCUCAACGGUGACGGCAUGCUCAGCUUCGACGAGUUCAAGAUCAUGAUGAGCUAGGGACUUCGCGUCUGGAGCCAAGCAUAUACUCCUAGUUUGGUCUUGCAUUUAGCUCCUUCGGUCUUCGUUCAUUCAUUCAUUCGAUUGUUAUACAGUACCGUACUAGUACUACAAUAUUAUUUUUGAUAGGUAAUACUCCCUCCUUACAAGCCCGGCAUAUGUAUAUAGGUCAUAAAUUUGAUCAA